AUGACGUCGGCUGCGAGUGGGACGACGCGCGUGAACGUCCCGAGCGACGCGCCGUCGGACGCGCUGGAGGCGCUGCGCGCGGUAGAAGUGAUGCGCGCGAUCGACGGCGCGCGCGUCACCGUGCCCGAGGUCGUCGGCGCGCGAGGCACGGUGGUGCGAGCGGUGGAGCUCGCUCGCGACGCGAUACCGACGCUCGAUGCGGCCGGCGUGCGAUUGGUGGUGGUUUCGAUCGGAACGCUGGAACGAGCGAAGGAUUUUAGCCGGGAGAAUGAUUUUCCGAUCGAGUUGCUGUACGCGGACGCGGAGAGCGCGACGUACGAGGCGUUGAAGCUGCGAAAGGGCGCGAAACAGACGUUCAUGGAGAAGUCGACGCCGGAGAGCAUUCUGAAGCGAUGGAACAAGGAUGGAGCGAAAGAUUUGCUCGGGGUGUUGAAGCGUUGGAAGCCGUGGUUGCCGCCGAGACCGGACCAAGGGUAUCAACAAGGCGGCUCGUUCGUGUUUCGAGACGGCGUCGCGACGUACGUCUCGUACGACGUCUCCACGGGAGCGCACGCGCCGUUGGACGACAUUUUCGAAGCCGCGGGCGUCUCGACGUCGAAUUAG